GCAAUUUACUGCUAUCUAGUGUACAGUCACCGCAAUAAGUCACGUGGGCUGGUGUUGCAAAGCAACAGAAAAAGUACAGCACAAAAAGCUGUAGUACAUUGGGCCUUAAUUUGGAAAGCUGUAUGAGACGUUGAUGGAGAGGCAUGGCCCGCAUAUCUCUACCCUCUUUGGACUCCUCCCUUCCAGGGAUACCCCAGAGUGUCCUGGCUGUUUCCAUGGAAGCUAAGUACCAAUGCCAGCAGUGUCACCAGGUCCUGAGGAAGCCAGUCCAGGCUCAGUGUGGACAUCGUUUCUGUGUCCAUUGUUUCAAACUGCUCACCAGCUCUGGCCCAAAGCCCUGUGAAGCCUGUCGACAGGAGGAGAUAUAUGAGGAGCCACAGUCCAUUCUCAAUAGUAAUGAGGCUUUUCCAGACAAUGCAGCUGGUAGAGAAAUCGCCAGCCUGCCUGCCAAAUGUAUCAGUGAGGGAUGCUCUUGGACUGGUUGCAUAAAAGAAUAUGAGGCACAACACGAGGGCAAGUGUGAGUAUGAGCGAGUACCAUGUGAAACCUGCCAGGUCCUUAUCCUGCGCAGUGAAAAAGAGAGGCAUAAUGAGAGAGAAUGUGAAGCAAGGACAUUGAACUGCAAGUACUGCAAAGUCUCCUUCAACUUCAAGGAAAUCAAGGCUCAUGAUGAAAUCUGCCAGAAGUUUCCCUUGCAGUGCAAGGACUGUGGAAAGAAAAAGAUCCCACGGGAAAAGUUUCUAGAUCACAGCAGAUCCUGUGCCAAGUCUAAGACUGCAUGUCCGUUCAGUGAGGUCGGCUGCAAGGUUGUGAUUGAUAAUGGGAAACACAGUGACCACGAGCAGACUAGUGUCAUGGAGCACAUGCGUCUGAUCUUGGCGACGAUGUCUCUGGUGCGGCUUCAGCGUCCAGAGGCCCCAGGGCUGGGGGAGUGGCAGGAGGACUCUGGGCUGGGCCUGUACCGCGCUCCCGAGGAUGGAGCCACAGCUACUGCAGCCACAGAUGGGGGAGGAGCCGCUGCCUCUGUCCAGACUUUUGGUCUUGACCACAAGGUGAGAGCACUGGAGAAUAUAGUGUGUGUACUGAACAGGGAAGUGGAGAGGAGUUCUCUCACUUUAGAGGCCUUCUCACGGCAACAUCGUCUAGACCAAGACAAGAUUGAGAACCUCGGCAACAAGGUACGUCAACUAGAGCGUACUCUCACCAUGCGGGACCUACAACUGGCUGAGACAGACCAGACUCUGAGAGAACUCCAGUUUUGCACCUUUGAUGGUGUCUUUGUCUGGAAGAUCGCCGACUUCUCACGGCGCCGCCAGGAUGCUGUGGCCGGGCGAACACCCGCUAUGUUCUCACCAGCAUUCUACUCAAGUAAAUAUGGCUAUAAGAUGUGUCUGAGACUGUAUCUGAAUGGGGACGGAACGGGUCGAGGGACUCACCUUUCUCUUUUCUUCGUGGUGAUGAGGGGCAAGUGUGACGCUCUGCUCAAAUGGCCCUUCAGUCAGAAGGUGACACUGAUGCUGCUGGAUCAGAAUAACAGGGAGCAUAUCAUUGAUGCCUUCCGGCCUGAUGUAAGCUCCACCUCUUUCCAGCGGCCAAUCAGUGAGAUGAACAUAGCCAGUGGCUGCCCACUCUUCUGCCCAUUGGCUAAACUGGCAGGCAAGAGCUCCUACCUUAGGGAUGACACCAUUUUCAUCAAGGCCAUUGUAGACCUCACAGGCCUGUAGUGACUGUGGAAGUCAAAGGCUUGUAGAAGUGGUGGUCAAAGGUCUGUAGAAACAGGAAGGGGUAGUUAAAGGCCAAAAAAUGCACAGCAGAAGAACACACAAUGAUCACUUAUGACCAUAAAAUACAUUAAAUUAUAAAUAUAUUAAAUAAUAUAAUAUAAUUAUAAGCAUAAUCUAGGCAGUGUCUAUUUAGCCAGCUAACAGCAUUUGAAUGAAAACUCAGGUGGGUCAGAAAUUCUCUCAGGGAGAGCGCUAUCUCAAGCGUUCGGUCCAUUCGUCAGAUCUGCAGGAUUAUAUAGAUAUUGUGAAUUGCAUUCAUUGAAGGCACUGGGAGUCACAUUUGUGGAACCAUCAAGUGUGCAGGAUGCACCACCAGUUGCAUGAUAAGGCAUUUACAGGGGAUUUCCAACAUAUUGUUAAUCAGACUGCAAUGGAGGGUCUAGCCCACCCCAUAUGGGCCAUCUGCAAGUGACGUAUUGUUCACCAUAGUUCACACUGUAAUAUUUAAAGUAAUAGUUACAGAGUCUUAUAGUGGAUGUCAGAAAUAGAUCUCGCAUAUGGGACAAUGGAGCGCCCUUCACUGGUAACGAAAAGAGAGAUCAGUAGAUUGGACACCAUUGCCUUGAAUUAAUAAGUCUCAACAUCCUUUACAUAAACAUGCAAAUUGUGGUGGACUGAACCAAUGCUUGAAUAGAGGACCACAGUAUGAGUCAUAAUACCCAUAAAACCUAGCAGUCAAACAGGGAAAUGGUUCCAAUCAUUUUUUCACCAUUAAUUUUUCCCAUAGGGGAUUUUAGAAACACUUAAAAUAAGGGGUUUGUUUCAUGUAGGCUUACCCUGGCGUGACAUUUUGAUAACUGUGUAAAUCUCUCUCUAGGACAAGGUGACUUUUAUAAAUAUACUCACCUGUAUUUACCCCCAUAUUCAAUGCUAAUUAGCUGCUAAUGUGGCUAUCAUAAAGGACUACAAAUGCCAUGAUGAUCUGGGUGAGACUGCCGAAUCGAGGCAAAGGUAAUAAUGUCUGGAUUAACUAAUGUUAGCGGAAUGUAAUAAUUAAUAAAUUGGCUACAUUUCUCUAAAUGGACAAUUCAGUGAACUGUCUUGUGCAAGUUUUAAAUUGACACAAUAGCUGUUAGCAAAGGUGUCGGCUAGAGAUGACGUGCAGGAGCUUACAGGGAUUUGUUGUUUUGCAUCAUGUCUACGAGAGAUUAAUGUGGUUGUCAAAAUGUCCCGACAGGGUGUGCCUCCACGAAUCAUCCCUGAGUUUAAGGGUGUCUAAAAUCCCCUAUAAGGAAAAAAGAAUAGUGUGAAAAUGAUUGGAACCAUUUCCCUGUUUGACCGCUAUGUUUUAUGGGUAUUAUGACACCUUCGCUGUGGGGUUCUUUUGGCCCUCUUGCUCAGCCUAUUUCUCACUGAUUGUAAAAGAUCCGUAGUGUUAUUUGCUAAUGUUUUAUAAAAAUGUUUAUAAAAAUGUUUGCUAAAGUAUUUUUCACUAGAAAAUGAGUAACCUUACCGGCAAAAUAUACUUUUAACAUCUAAUUCUGUUAGCCGGCUAGAUAACCACUGCCUCUAAAUAAUAUAUACAUCUCACACACAGUGCAUUCGUAAAGUAUUCAGACCACUUCACUUUCCACAUUUUGUUACGUUACAGCCUUAUUCUAAAACUGAUUAAAUUGUUGUUUUUUCUUCAUCAAUCGACACACAAUACCUGAAUAAUGACAAAGGAAAAACUGUUUUUUAGAAAUGUUUGCAAAUGUAUUAAAAAUAAAACUUAAAUAUUACAUUUACAUUAGUAUUCAGACCCUUUACUCAGUACUUAGUUGAAGCACCUUUUUGCAGCGAUUACAGCCUUGAGUCUUCUUGGUUAUGACUCUUACAAGCUUGGCACACCUGUAUUCGGUGAGUUUCUCCUAUUCUUCUGUGCAGAUCCUCUCAAGCUCUAUCAGGUUGGAUGGGGAGUGUUGUUGAACAGCUAAUUUCAGGUUUCUCCAAAGAUGUUCAAGUCUGGGCUCUGGCUGGGCCACUCAAGGAAAUUCAGAGACUUGUCCCGAAGCCAGUCCUGCUUUGUCUUGACUGUGUGCUUAAGGUUGUUGUCCUGUUGGAAGAUGAACCUUUGCCCCAGUCUGAGGUCCUAAGCACUCUGGAGCAGGUUUUCAUCAAGGAUCUCUCUGUACUUUGCUCCGUUCAUCUUUUCCUCAAUCCUGACUAGUCUCCCAGUCCCUGCCAAUGAAAGAGCAGAUGCAGCAUGAUGCUGUAGUGCCAGGUUUCCUCCAGACGUAACGCUUGGCACUCAGGCCAAAGAGUUCAAUCUUGGUUUCAUCAGACCAGAGAAUCUUGGUCAGAGUCCUUUAGGUGCAUUUUAGCUAACUCCAAGCAGGCAGUGGGACCUUACCAAAUCAUGUCCAAUCGAGAUGUAGGAACAUCUCAAGGAUGAUCAAUGGAAGCAAGAUGCAGCUGAGCUAAAUUUCAAAUCUCAUAGCAAAGGGUCUGAAUAUUUAUGUAAAUCAGUUGUUUCUGUUUUUCAUUUUUUAUAACUAUGUUUUAAAAAAAAAUAUCUAAAAACAUGUUUGUCAUUAUGGGGUAUUGUGUGUAGAUUUAAUCAAUUUUAGAACAAGGCUGUAACGUAACAAAAUGUGGAAAAAGGGAAGGGGUCUUAAUACCUUCCGAAUUCACUGUAUAUACACUACUAUAUGGUGUGCAUAAGUACACCACAGCAUAGACAUAUAAAGUAAAGAUAUGAUUCAAUACAUUAUCAUAUUAUAAAUGAAUUAUAUAAGAUAACUGUUAUAAAGUGAUAAGCUGAGGAAGCUCCUUCUCUUUUCAAAUACUAAAUGCAUCUUUACUUUCAAAUAACAAGCUUAUUUCUAGAUAGUGAGCUCACUCAUAAAUACCCUUUAGCAAGCUAUUAUAUAUGGCAGGGAUGGGCAACUGGUGGCCCGCGGCCCCCUUUUGUAGGCCUGUGGACCAAUAAAGAAAAAAAUAGGUUUGGGUUGAUGUAUGAAUGUGGGUACGCUGAGUCACAAGGAAACUGUGGACCCUCAUUAGUUCUGUUUUUUUUGUUGGCCUCAUCCAAGUUGCCAAUCCCUGAUAUAAGCAAUUGUAUUGAAUAUAACAAUGGAGUGUUUCUGAAUGUUAUUUACUUGUGACGGGCUCUCUUUCUUGUGUAAAGUGAAGAAAGACUAUAGAUCUAACAUUAACACAUGCUACAAGUAGAUCGCCUUCACAUUAUUCUGGGUCAUUCAUUAUCUAUGUGUGUUUUACUGAAGCAUUUAUGGUUUAGCUUUUAUGAUUAAGUUUCUGCAUGUGUUCAUGUAGAUCUAGUAUGAAUCUUUAAUUAUCACAUCCAUUAAAUUGAAAUUCACUACUUUUCCUUUUUUUGAGAGGUAUUGACAUGUUGAAUGCACCAAGCUGUCUGUCUAAACUACUGGCACACAGCUCGGACACCCAUGCAUACCCCACAAGACAUGCCACCAGAGGUCUCUUCACAGUCCCCAAGUCCAGAACAGACUAUGGGAGGCACACGGUACUACAUAGAGCCAUGACUACAUGGAACUCUAUUCCACAUCAAGUAACUGACGCAAGCAUUAAAAUUUGAUUUAAAAAAACAGAUAAAAAUACACCUUGUGUGAAGCAACACAAACAUAGGCACAGACACAUACACACACACACAAUAACACACGCACUGUACGUACACAUGGAUUUAGUACUGUAGAUAUGUGGUCGUGGUGGAUUAGGGGCCUGAAGGCACACAGUGUGUUGUAAAUGUAUUGUAAUGUUUUUAAAAUUGCAUAAACUGCCUUAAUUUUGCUGGACCCCAGGAAGAGUAAUUGGGAUCCAUAAUAAAUACAAAUACAAAUAACCUCUCACAUUGGAACCACACGAGGGAAGAUGAUGAUGUGCAGGCUCUCAGAAAGAAUCAUGCUGUUUUGGGAUAUUGAUUAGCGAUUGUCAAGGAAGCACAGAAAUUCCAAAAUAUGUGUGGAGAUUUUAGUUCAGAUUAUUUAUUUGCAAUAUGUGAUCUAUAAAGAGAGCUACAUAAGCUGCUUUAUUCAUUUGUGGGGUUUGAAUAGUGUGAGAAGACAACAUAUUUGGUGAGAAUCACAACAUCAGAUACAAAAUCAAUUCUAGCUCUUAAAGGGACAGUAGCCUAUGGGUGUACAACUUUCAAUUUAAUCUGCAGUUAUUCUUUUGCUAUGCAUUCUGUUACUAUUAACAUGUAAAUAUUAUUGUUAUCUUCUGAUUGCAUUUAGUUAAAAGAUUAAACAUAAUUGUAAUCUAUUAGCUUCCAAAAUGUUGUUUUCAAGGUAACAACACUGCCAUCACGCACAGAUGCGCGCGACUCUUGGCGGAAGUAAGAAAGCCAUCGCCAUCUGCACCCAUUCAACAGUCUUGAUUUAUUACUUCUAAACAAAGUCACUUUUUGUGGUUUUUAUACGCUUCCAAUGAUUUUUUAAAAUUCUUGCUUGAACAGUCGGUAAGGUUAUAUUUGGUUAUGAUCUUUGCAAAAUAACUAUUCUGGAUGCAGCGGUUGUUAGCUAGAAUGCUAAAGCUCAUUGAUAUAGGCUGUAGCAAAAGCUUGCCAAAGAGCCAUGUUACUGGUUGAGUUUUUUUAAGUAUAAUGUACACAGCAAAAAAAGAAAUGUCCCUUUUUCAGGACCCUGUCUUUCAAAGAUAAUUCGUAAAAAUCCAAGUUCAUACACUGUUUCCCAUGCUUGUUCAAUGAACCAUAAACAAUUAAUGAACAUGCACCUGUGGAACGGUCGUCAAGACACUGACAGAUUACAGACGGUAGGCAAUUGAGGUCACAGUUAUGAAAACUUAGGACACUAAAGAGGCCUUUCUACUGACUCUGAAAAACACCAAAAGAAAAAUGCCCAGGGUCCCAACAAGCCCUCAGUCCAGCCUCUCUCAGACUAUUGCGGACAGUCUGAGCACUGAUGGAGGGAUUGUGCAUUCCUGGUGUAACUCGGGCAGUUGCUGUUGCAAUCCUGUACCUGUCCCGCAGGUGUGAUGUUCGGAUGUACGGAUCCUGUGCAGGUGUUGUUACACAUUGCAAUUUAUUGCCCUGGCCUCAUCUGCGUGAACGUGCCAUAGGCAUGCUGCAAGGAGGCAUGAGGACUGCAGGAAUGCACAAUCCCUCCAUCAGUGCUCAGACUGUCCGCAAUAGUCUGAGAGAGGCUGGACUGAGGGCUUGUUGGCCUGUUGUAAGGCAGGUCCUCACCAGACAUCACCGGCAACAACACCGCCUAUGGGCACAAACCCACUGUCUCUGGACCAGACAGGACUGGCAAAAAGUGCUCUUCACUGACGAGUCGCGGUUUUGUUUCACCAGGGGUGAUGGUCGGAUUCGCGUUUAUCAUCGAAGGAAUGAGCGUUACACCGAGGCCUGUACUCUAGAGCGGGAUCGAUUUGGAGGUGUAGUGUCCAUCAUCGUCUGGGGCGGUGUGUCACAGCAUCAUCGGACUGAGCUUGUCAUUGCAGGCUGGUCGUUACAGGGAAGACAUCCUCCUCAUGUGGUACCCUUCCUGCAGGCUCAUCCUGACAUGACCCUCCAGCAUGACAAUGUCAGCAGCCAUACUGCUCGUUUUGUCUGUGAUUUCCUGCAAGACAGGAAUGUCAGUGUUCAGCCAUGGCCAGCGAAGAACCUGGAUCUCAAUCCCAUUGAGCACGUCUGGGACCUGUUGGAUCGUAGGGUGAGGGAACUUGCAGGUGCCUUGGUGGAAGAGUGGGGUAACAUCUCACAGCAAGAACGGGCAAAUCUGGUGCAGUCCAUGAGGAGAUGCAUUGCAGUACUUAAUGCAGCUAGUGGCCACAUCAGAUACUGACUGUUACUUUUGAUUUUGACCCCCCCCCCCCUUUGUUCAGGGACACAUUAUUCCAUUUCUGUUUGUCACAUCUGUGGGACUUGUUCAGUUUGUCUCAGUUGUUGAAUCUUCUUAUGUUCAUACAAAUAUUUACAUGUUAAGUUUGCUGAAAAUAAACGCAGUUGACAGUGA